AUGACAGGCCACGAUUCAAUCGACAAGAGCCAUGAACCGACCAAGGGAUCUGAGCUCACUCUCGAGCCCGUCAUGUCAGCGGUCAAACCUGGAGAGACAGAAGAGCUUCGAGAAGGGUUCAAUGUCUGGUCGUUGGGGGCUCUCUUGGUCUGCCUCAUGGCAACAUGGGAGGCCCUGGCUACGGUUGUCACAUCUGCUUUGACGAAUGGCGGGCCUCCUUGCCUCUUCUACAACUAUAUAAUUUCGUUCCUGGGGACAUUGGCAUUGGCCGCUUCGAUGGCAGAGAUCGCUAGUAUAUACCCGACCGCAGGAGGACAGUACCACUGGGUCGCCGCUUUCGCACCUCACAACAUCCGCCCCUUCGCAUCAUGGAUCACAGGCUGGAUCUCCAUAGGCGGACAACUCGCUUUAACUGCAUCAGCCGCCUUGUCAUCCGGGCUCCUAUUCCAAGCCCUGCUCAUCCUCAACAACCCAAGCUACGUCCCGCAGCGAUGGCACGGCGUCAUGUUCUACUGGAUGGUGCUCGCAUACUCCUUGGUCAUCAACGUGUACGGGUCGAGGAUUCUGGCAAACACCAACGUUGCUGCUGGCAUCCUUCACGUCGUGGGCUUCGUCAUUAUCGUGGUCAUACUUGGAGUUAUGACGAAGGACAAGAACACUUCGGAGUAUGUCUUUACAGACUUCUCCAACACCAGCGGAUGGAGUUCGAACGGCAUCUCCUGGCUCGUCGGCCUGCUAUCGACAGUCUACCCUUUCCUAGGCUACGACGCCGCCGCCCACAUGUCCGAAGAACUCCCCCGCCCCUCCAAAUACGUCCCCAUCGCCAUGCUCGGCUCCAUCCUGAUCAACGGCCUCAUGGGCUUCAUCUUCUGCAUCGUCUUCCUCUACUGCCUCGGCGACCUCGACGUGCUCCUGCAGACCGCCACGGGCUUCCCCUUCGUCCAGCUCUACUACAACGUCACGCAAAACCAAGUCGCCGCGACAAUCAUGACCCUCUUUCACGCCCUCACCGCCCUCGCCGCCAACUCCGCCGGCCUGACGUCCACCAGCCGCACGGCGUGGGCGUUUGCGCGGGAUCGCGCGUUUCCGUUUAGUGGAUAUUAUAGCCAUCUCGGGCAUAAGAGCCAGAUUCCCGUGAGGAUGUGUGUUCUGCUCACGGUUCUGCAGUUUCUGCUCGGGUUGAUCUAUAUUGGGAAUACGACGGCUUUCAACGCCAUCCUGUCCAUGUCGAUUCUGGGCAUGUAUGCUUCUUACGUGCUGCCAAUUGGGUUUAUGCUGUGGUAUGGACGGAGGUCGGGAGCGGGUCCUGCGAAGGGGUGGUUUUCGCUUGGGAGAUGGGGCUCGACGAUCAACACCAUCGCACUCCUGUGGGGGGCCCUUGCUAUGCUCUUCAGCAUGUUCCCUAGCUAUAAGCCCGUGACCCCGGAGAAUAUGAAUUAUUCGUCUCUCGUGCUUGGGGGCUGGGUGAUUGGAGGUAGUGUCUAUUAUGUGUUUUGUCAGCGAAGGGUGUUCGAAGGGCCCGUGAUGCUCCUUUAG